UAUAACUUCAGUAUAUCAAAUUAUUUAAUCUAGAUACCUUCCCACAUUUCUCAUAAACCUUUUCUAUGGCAUAUCAAACAGCUACCCUAAUGCUUGAAAUGAAAGACGUUGUACUCAUAAAACCAUCAAAAUCAAUUCCUUCUUGUAUUCUUUCACUUUCUACAAUUGACAAUAGAGAAAUCUAUAAUAACCUUGCUCAAACUGUUCAUGUAUACCGAUCACCAUCAAUUAAUGAUUCUGAUUCGAGUUUCAACUUUUGUCAUGUAUUCAAAGAAGCACUUUCAAAAGCUUUGUUUUAUUAUUAUCCUUUUGCAGGUAGAAUGGUGAAACAUGCUGACGAUGGAAAACUUAGAGUCAAUUGCAACCCUAAUGCAGAAAAUUAUGGUGUUCCAUUCUUGGAAGCAAGUGCUAACUGCACCCUUUCUUCUAUUAAUUACUUGGACAAUACCGACACAGAAAUUGCAAAACAACUGGUGCUUAAUCCUGAAGACAAAACUUACCCUUUGGUGUUCAAGGUGACAAAAUUUCGUUGUGGAGGUUUCACAAUCGGAAUGGGGGUGCUGCACGCUAUCUGUGACGGAGUUGGUGCAUCUCAAUUAUUCAAAGCGAUUAUUGAACUUGCAAGAGGAAGAAAUGAGCCCUCGACGAUACCUGUGUGGGAAAGAGAGAGACUUAUUGGAUCAAUAACUAAACAACCAUUUCCAGAAAGCCCUAUGAACAAGGAAUCUGUUGCAUUUUCACCUUUUCUGAAUCAAGACAACACUACAGUUAUGAAGAAAUAUUGUUUUAAUGUGGAGGGUGAAAUGUUAACAAAGCUUAAGUUGAGUUUGAUGAAGGAAAGUGGAGGUAUAAGGUUCACAACUUUUGAAUCAAUUGCAGGUUAUGUGUGGAGAUCAAGAGCAAGAGCCUUAAAACUUAACAACAAUGGUGAAACAGUGUUGACCAUUGUAGCUGGUAUUAGACGCAAGUUGAAGGAUUUUGAACCUUUACCUAAUGGUUAUUAUGGGAAUUCAUGUGUUGAUGCAAACACUGUGUUAAAAGUUAGCGAGCUCGAUGAAAGGCCACUCUAUGAAAUUAUUAACCUAAUAAGAGAGACUAAAAACAUUGCUUCCACCACUGAUUUUAUCAAAAAUUCAAUCAACACGUUGGAGACGAAUUAUAAAGAGGAAUCCAGGAUGCUAAGUACCGGUGCAGUAACGGUUCUGACAGAGUGGAAACAUUUAGGUUUUCUUGAUGGAAAUGUAGAUUUUGGUGGGCAUGAAGCAGUGAAUUUAGUACCAGCACCAUGCAACUUGUUUGCGUCCAUGGAAAUGAGCAUUUUUACACCUCCUAAUAAAUUUGACAAUGAUGAUCCAUCUAUGAAAGGAGGGAUUAAGAUUUUUACUACACUCCCUGUUGCUGCCAUGCCCAAGUUCAAGGAGGAAAUUGAAGCUUUAAGAUUUCUUAGUUAAAAUUUGAAUCUCCAAGAUCGGAUGAAGUUGCCUUAGUGUUUCAAUUAUUAUGAUGUUAUUUAAUAAGUUUUCAACGAGACAUUAUUGAUUUCGUGUUAUGUUAUGAUUUGUUUCAAGAGCAAUAAUUUAGAGAGUUUAUUUUUUGUUUAA